AUGGAAGAUGAUAUUAAGAAAUUACCAGAUUUAGAUAUCGCUGAUUUAAUUUUCACUGUUAAAUUAGAAGGUAAAACAGGAUCAGAAUCAUAUAAAAAAUUAAUUGGUCAAAUAGAAGAAAAGAAAAUGUUACCAUUAUAUAAACAUUUAGUAGAAUCAUUAAAAUGGACAGAAGAUUCAGCAUUAGCUGAAAGAUUAAAAGCUGAAAACCAAGAUGAAUUAAAGAAAUUAGACGAAAAAAUUAAGGAUAGUGUCGAAAAUUUUGGUGAAUCUGAAAUUAGAGAAGCCUAUUUAGCCAAAUCUGAUUAUUAUUGUCGUAUUGGUGAUAAAUCAUCAGCAGUCGAAUUUUUUAGACAAACAUUUGAAAAAACAGUACCAUUAGGUCAAAAAUUAGAUAUUGUAUUUACAUUAAUUAGAAUGGGUAUUUUUUGGAUGGAUCACGAUCUCGUUACAAGAAAUCUCGAAAAAGCUAAAUCAUUAGUUGAAGAAGGUGGUGAUUGGGAUAAAAAGAAUCGUUUAAAGACUUAUGAGGCAGUUUAUUUAAUGUCUAUUAGAAAGUUCGAAGAAGCCUCCAACCUCUUUUUAGAAACAGUUGCCAGUUUUACCUCUGUCGAAUUCAUAGAAUACAGCAGAUUCGUAGAAUAUUUAGUUUUCACUUCACUCUUACAUUUAGACAGAGUUUCAUUAAAACAAAAAGUUAUUGACUCACCAGAUGUCUUAUCAGUUAUUAACGAUGUACCAAGACUUCAAGAUUUAUUAUUAUCUUUCUAUAAUGGUGAUUAUGCUAAUUUCUUUAGCGCUUUAGCCCAUUUCUCUGAUGAUAUCAAAGGUGAUAGAUAUUUAGCUGAACACUCACGUUUCUUCACUAGAGAAAUGAGAAUUCUUGCUUAUACUCAAUAUUUAGAAUCAUAUUCAUCUGUAAAAUUAGAAUCAAUUUCCAACCAAUUUGGUGUCUCUGUCGACUUCAUUGAUAAAGAAUUAUCACGUUUUGUUGCUGCUGGUCGUUUAAAUUGCAAAGUUGAUAAAGUUUCUGGUGUCAUCGAAACUACAAGAAGUGAUGUCAAGAAUCAAUUAUAUAAAACUACUCUUCAACAAAGUGACAAUUUAUUAAAUAGAAUUCAAAAACUUUCACGUGUCAUUAAUGUUUAAAGUAAUUACACUCGGCACAUUACCAAAUAGUCUUGCAAAACUCACAUUACCAAAUAAUCUCACAACACUCCACUCACAGUAUUAAUACUGUU